AAGAACCGAAUGUCAUGUCCAUAAAAAUACCAUCACAGGCAGGAAAUUUCACGAGCAGCGGAGAAAAAACAGCUACAAUAACAAAGAAUUUUCUACUGAAAAAACUAGGAUUCCGUUCCUGGAAGUAACAACCAAAGAUGGUUCAGGACACCAACUUUAUCUGUCCACGUAUAUACAACGCCUGUAGGUUAUGCAAAAUUCGCGGAAAUCAACUGAAUAAAAUCAAUCAAGUUAUUUCCGACAAAAUCUACGAAUGCACCACAUUGAAGAUAAUCUCGACCCCUCAGUGCAAGGCCUUCAUCUGCGAUGGUUGCAAAGCGAAAAUUGACGAACACUAUCAGUUCAAAAUGCAGUGCAUAAGGAACGUCAAUUUGCAACGAUUCAAUAAUGGUUCGGUCGUUGCUGUUGCUGAGACUCCAGGCAGUACCACUGAAGGUAGUGAGCCCUCUGCGACAACUAGUGCACUAGUGGAAGCUAUUCCAACCAGCAGUAAGGUAGACUAGGUGGUUUCGGAAGGCUUUGACCCAAUUGUUCGAGUGUUAACUAUUAUAGUGAAGGAGAAUAUUGUUUUACAAGUUUUUCUAUUAUUUAGACUUAUAUUAUAUUAUGUAUAUGUUUUCGUUAGUGCUCUUCCGGUAGGAUUUCACAACGCUCUAUUUCUCUAAGAAACAGUUCAUACUGAUUGUGAUAUAUGUUUGGAUGUAGGAUUAAUCGGCCAAAAAACAUUCGAAUUCUUAAAUUCUCUAGUCCCACUUAAAAAAAACUGCUCGGAUACGACGCAGAUAGACGAGCUGAAUAUUUACUGGCCUGCCGCAACCAAAUAACCGAAAGAGAUGUUGUAUAUACAGAACCCUGCAGAGAUAUUGAGCUUAUGCUCUAGUGUGCAUAGGAUAAGCAUGUCCUAAAUUUGAGUUUUAGAAAUAAAGUUUUGUUCGAACUGAAAGAAAAAA